AUGUGCAUCAUUGCCCCACGUGGAAGAUAUUGUAGGUAUAUUGUGGUUGAAGACAUUAUCAUUCGGUACCCCCAAGUGGAGCUCUAUCUAAAAAGCAAGCAUCUGGACGACGUGACGGAUCUAUUGAAAGAUUCUGAAGGAAAUUAUAGAAAGGAGAUCAAUAUUGAAGAAUUUAAGUUAGCUCUUUCUCAAGUGGAUUCACAGAUGAGGAGUCUUCCUGCAACUGCUCAGGUUGCUGCUCAACAAGGUGCAUAUCUUUCUAGAUGCUUUAACCUUAGAGAGGGGUCCAAAACUAAUCCAGAACUCCCUCUCCGAUUUAUAGGCUCUGGGCGGCAUGAAUUUCGUACCUUCCGGUACAGGUAUUCCGGGCAAUUUGCACCUUUGGGCGGAGAGCAGACAGCAGCAGAACUGCUGGGCGACUGGGUUUCCGUAGGUCACAGCACACAGUGGCUCUGGUAUUCUGUUUAUGCAAUGCGAUCAUUACUCUUUCCAUGA